AUAUCCGUUCAGAUGGCGACUUCAAGACAGAAGAGAGCAAGCGGAUAGGGAUUCGACAAAAUGCGCAAAUUGCAUUUAAAAGGGAAGUCGAAAUUCAACAAAUUUCAUGAGAUCUUCGACAUCUGCUCACUCUUGGAAAGUUGCCCAGAUAAUAGGGGGAAAACUGAUGUCAUCUCAACACUCCUUGGAUCUGAUAAUUUCGAUGGAGACUUGUUGCUGUGGCUGAGAUUCCUCAUUCGUGAGUCUGACCCAAGAAAGUACAACCUGGCCGACAAGAAGCUCAUCAACUUAUUAUCAAAGAUCCUCAAAAUAAAUGAAUCAAAAGGGCGAAAUCACGAGUAAAAAAUGAACAACCUCGCAGA